AUGGAUGUCCAAUCUUUUUCGGUAGGAGUUCCACAUAAAUUUAAUAAGAUCCAAUUGGUAUUUAUUGGAUCUUCCUCAAUGAGUAGAACUUUCUCCAUUGCCCCAUCAAAAGAAGUAUACAACAAUGAUGCAGAAAUUAAUGAAGAAGAGGCUAGUGAAAGUGAAACUACAAUAACUCAAAAUAGAAAUAACAAUAAGGAAAAAGGAGUUAAAUUUUGGGAUAUUCCUGUAGGCAUGUGUGAACAAGAAUUCAAACAUAUGCUUAAUCACAAAUUUGGAAAAGUAAUUUCAUGUACAAUGUCCACAAGAG